UAGGGGAAGGAUGUGAGGAAAAGUGCUGGCGUGGAGCCGGGAGGAUGCGAUGGCCACUGGCAGCGAAACUGGGGCAGCCUCUGCCAGCCAUGGAGACGGCCUCGCCGCCCCGCGCCCCCCGGUAGCUCGGGGACAGGAGAGGGGACCGAGGGGUGACAGGAGCUGGGUGGCAGCAGACGGCUGGCUGGGGACCUCCCGCGUCCAUCGGGCACCGCUCCGGCCCCGUUUCCCCCCGCGGAGGAUUGGGAUUGGGAUUUGGAUGUGAGGCGACGGCGGCCGCACGGCUGAGCGCCCACCCAUCGCUGCGCCCCGGCUUCCCUCCGAACCAGAUUUUUUUUGGGGGGGAGCCGUGCUCCACAGCCAUCUCCUGGUUCCUCUGGGCUGCCUGGGUGCCACCAUGCUUCCUCGCUGGGCAAAGCAUCCCUUUGGAGCUUCCCCCCGAGCCGUGCCGAGGCUGCGGGAGCAGGAGAGACCCCCCGAGCCCGGGGACUACCGGCUGACUCCGUCGCUCGUGGAUCCCGAGAGGACGAGCACCCACAUGAUUUCGGCGGACGAUGCCGAGUACCCGCGGGAAUACCGGACCCUGGGCAACGGCACCCGGCGCUUCUCCAACGUGGGGCUGGUGCACACCUCACUCCCUGCCUUAACUCAGGUGCAACCCAACUACUGGAGCUUUAAGACGAGGAGCUCCCGGCACUCCCAGGGCUCCCAGCCCGGCCUGGCCGAUCAAGCCAAACUCUCCUUUGCCUCGGCCGAAUCCCUGGAAACCAUGUCGGAAGCGGAGCUGCCCUUGGGCUUCAACAGGAUGAAUCGGUUCCGGCAGAGCUUGCCCUUGUCCCGCUCCACCAGCCAGACGAAGCUGCGAUCGCCAGGGGUCCUUUUCCUGCAGUUCGGGGAUGAGACCAGGCGGGUCCACAUCACCCACGAGAUCAGCAGCAUGGACACCCUGCACGCCCUCAUCGUCCACAUGUUCCCCCAGAAGCUCACCAUGGGGAUGCUGAAGUCUCCCAACACCGCCAUCCUCAUCAAGGACGAGUCGCGCAACGUCUUCUACGAGCUGGAGGAUGUCCGCGACAUCCAGGACAGAAGCAUCAUUAAAAUCUACCGGAAAGAGCCGCUUUAUGCCUCGUUCCCAGCCUCGCACAUCACCAACGGUGACCUGAGGAGGGAGAUGGUUUACACCUCCAGGGAGUCAUCUCCCACCCGCCGGCUGAACAACAUGUCCCCGGCCUCCCACCUGGCCUCGGGCUCCCCGCCCCCGGUGCUCCAGUCCUCCUCCCCGUCCCGUUCCCGCAUGUCCUACAGCGGGGGCCGCCCCCCCUCCUACGCCGGUAGCCCCGUCCAUCACGGGGAGCGUCUCUCCAGCCUCCCUCCAGCCCAGGGGGUCUCCCCCAGCCCCAGCGCCAUCCUGGAACGGCGGGACGUGAAGCCGGACGAAGACCUGGCCGGGAAGAACGUGGUGCUGGUGAAGAACGAGGGGUUGUACGCCGAUCCCUACGGCAUGGUGCACGAGGGCCGGCUCAGCAUCACCUCCACCCAGUCCCUGGCUGGCAUGGGGGACCCUUUUGGCUACUCGGGGGGGCUCUACAAGCGGGGGUCCGUCCGCUCCCUCAGCACCUACUCGGCGGCCGCCCUGCAGACGGAGCUGGAGGACAGUCUCUACAAACCCAACGCCCCCAUCUACAGCGACACGUACGGACCCGGCCUGGGGUUCCGCAUGCCCCCCUCCUCCCCACAGAAGAUGGCUGACGGCCGGCUGGUGGACGUGCAGCCCGGGCAGAGCCCCCACAGCCCUUACUCGGGCCCCCCCAGCCGCUCCUCGCCCGUCCGUCAGUCCUUCCGCAAGGAUUCCUGCUCCUCCGUCUUCAUGGAGAGCCCCGUCAACAAACCACGUAACCCCAGCUCCUCGGGGCCUCCCGAGCUCUUCCCCGGCCCCGGAGAUCGCCCACUUUCGGGGUUCGGCUCCCCUGGACCAGCCAAGGACACAGAAACAAGGGAGCGGAUGGAGGCGAUGGAGAAGCAGAUCGCCAGCCUGACGGGGCUGGUGCAGAGCGCGCUGCUCCGCGGCUCCGAGGCUGAGACCCCCAGCGAGAAGACCGAAGCCACCAACGGUGGGACCCCCCCAUCAGCGUCCACCAGCCGCAGUGGCAUGGGGACACCGGUGCCUGCGCCACCGCCACCCUCGGCCACCAGCACGCCGGCGGGGCAGCCCACGGCCAUCACCCGCCUGCACAUGCAGCUGCACCUCCACGACCUGCAGCAGAACGCCAGCGACCUCCGCAACCAGCUCCAGCAGCUCAAGAAGCUCCAGCUGCAGAACCAGGAGACGGUGAAGACGAUGCUGCGCCGGACGGAGACGGAGAUCAGCGUGCGGGUGACGGACACCAUGCGCAAGCACGAGGACCCCCUGCAGCGCCAGCGCAGCUUGGUGGAGGAGGAACGGCUCCGGUACCUCAACGAGGAGGAGCUCAUCACCCAGCAGCUCAAUGACCUGGAGAAGUCGGUGGAGAAGAUCCAGAAGGACCUGGCCCACAACCACCGGCUGAUCCCUGUGCAGGAGCUGGAGGAGAAGGCGGUGGUGCUCAAGCAGCUGGGGGAAACGCUGACGGACCUCAAGGGUGAGGAGCUGCAGAACCAGGAGACGGUGAAGACGAUGCUGCGCCGGACGGAGACGGAGAUCAGCGUGCGGGUGACGGACACCAUGCGCAAGCACGAGGACCCCCUGCAGCGCCAGCGCAGCUUGGUGGAGGAGGAACGGCUCCGGUACCUCAACGAGGAGGAGCUCAUCACCCAGCAGCUCAAUGACCUGGAGAAGUCGGUGGAGAAGAUCCAGAAGGACCUGGCCCACAACCACCGGCUGAUCCCUGUGCAGGAGCUGGAGGAGAAGGCGGUGGUGCUCAAGCAGCUGGGGGAAACGCUGACGGACCUCAAGGCCCAGUUCCCCAGCCUGCAGAGCAAGAUGCGGGUGGUGCUGCGGGUGGAGGUGGAAGCCGUCAAGUUCCUCAAGGAGGAGCCGAACCGCCUCGAUGGUCUCCUCAAACGCUGCAAGACGGUGACGGACACCCUGGCCCAGAUCCGUAGUGACCUGGAGAAGUCGGUGGAGAAGAUCCAGAAGGACCUGGCCCACAACCACCGGCUGAUCCCUGUGCAGGAGCUGGAGGAGAAGGCGGUGGUGCUCAAGCAGCUGGGGGAAACGCUGACGGACCUCAAGGCCCAGUUCCCCAGCCUGCAGAGCAAGAUGCGGGUGGUGCUGCGGGUGGAGGUGGAAGCCGUCAAGUUCCUCAAGGAGGAGCCGAACCGCCUCGAUGGUCUCCUCAAACGCUGCAAGACGGUGACGGACACCCUGGCCCAGAUCCGUAGGCAAGUGGACGAGGGCGUGUGGACCUCCCCCAGCAACCUCAGCCAGUCCCCCAAGAAGGUGGCCCCCGAGACAGACUUCAGCAAAGGGCUGGAUCUGGAGAUGCCCACCAGCCCCCCAGUGAGCCUCCACCACCUGACGGCCGCCACCGAGACCCUGGGCAUGCCCAGCUUCGGGCACAGCCCCCCCCAGACCCAGACCCACCCCUCCAAGAGCAAUAACCCUUCCCGAGCUCCGGAGAUGGUCCCCGCCAAGACCCAGACGGGACCAGAGACCCCCAGCAAGAAGAGUGCAGACAAAGCUGUAUCUGUGGAGGCCGCGGAGCGGGACUGGGAGGAGAAGCGGGCGGCGCUGACCCAGUACAGUGCCAAGGACAUCAACCGCCUGCUGGAGGAGACCCAGGCCGAGCUGAUGAAGGCCAUCCCCGACCUGGAGUUCGCUGCCAAGCACAAGCAGGGCACGGGCAGCGGCAGCGCCGCCUCCACCCCCGAGCACAAGCCCUCCAAGCCACAACACGCACCCAAAUCGGGGGGCAAAGGGGACCCCAACGGCCGCCGGGGCUCAGACGAACUGACGGUGCCGCGGUACCGGACCGAAAAACCCUCCAAAUCGCCCCCACCUCCCCCCCCACGCCGGAGCUUCCCCUCCUCCCACGGGCUGACCACCACCCGCAGUGGCGAAGUCAUCGUCACCAGCAAGAAGGAGCCCGGUUUUAUGAAGAAGGCCGAGUCGGAGGAGCUGGAGACCCAGAAGCCGCAGGUGAAGCUGAGAAGGACGGUGUCGGAGGUGGUGAGGCCAGCCUCCACCCCCCCCAUCAUCGCCUCCGCCAUCAAGGAUGAUGAUGAUGAGGACCGCAUCAUCGCGGAGCUGGAGGUGUUUCAGAGAAGCUCUGCCUCCCCUUUCCUUCCCAAGCUCCGUUACGACCCGCUCUCCCCUGGGCACGCAGCCUUGUGGCCCAACGGAGCCUGCGUUGCAGCCGAAGGAUGGAAGAGCGGUGGCGUUUCCAUCCCAGCCAUGAAGGUGGUGAACCCGGCGUCCCGGCUGAAGCAGAGCCAGCAGGGCAGCCCCGACAAAAGCAAGCACAUAAAGCAGCGGAUGGAGUACAUGCGGAUCCAGGGCCAGCAGCAGGCCGCUAGACCAUCUAAAGAGGCUAGUGAGACCUCCCCCACGGUCUCAGAAAAACCCGCAUCUGGCAGAACAUCCAUCCCCGUAUUGACUUCCUUUGGGGCAAGGAACUCCUCCAUCUCAUUCUGAGCAUCCUUGCCAGCUCCACCCAACCGCUCUCCUGCUCCUGGGGCCGGGCUUCUCUCUUCCUUGGGCUCCUCCUCCCUGGGACUUGUCUUCUUGAGGCACCUGGAGGGAUCGCCACCCGUCCCUCUCUUUCUGUUUUUUGUUUUUUUUUUUUCUUUUUUGGGUUUUCUUUUUGGUUAUUUUGGGUUUUUAUUUUCAAAUCAAUGUCUUGCUCCAAUGUGGCCGACCUCGUGUCUCGCCUCCGCUCCGCCACGGCCCGACUUCUGUCUCCCAUCUCGCUCCGCAAUGGCCAACCAGCCACUUUCUCUUUCUCUCUCUCUCUUUUAUCUCCCUUUUCCUUUUCUUUUUUCCUUUCCGUUUGGGUUGCUGU